AUGUGGUACUUGCAUGACAUCCUUUGCAGGGUGUUGUGGGCGUGGGAGUUUUUCCUGUUUUUCCUCCGCGGCGUCCUCAUCGCCAUUGCGGACCACUACAUCAUGUACAUCCGCACCGGACGGGUGUGGCUGGGCAAACGGAACCGGGCUCCGUCACUGAUGCGCGGUGACUUGGUCAUGCAGCUGGCCACCUCAUCACCAUGCCACAGCACCGCCAACGAGAAGACGAUCUUUCUUCAGCUGAACCGCUCCUUCAUUGACCGCCGGCUGUGGGCCGGCCUCAACGAGGUGGGCGCUGGCCCGUCUGCGAUCGUGACUGGCGUGUCGUACGGCGGCAUCGGCUUUUACACAGCGCUCAACUUGCUCCUCAGCGGCGUGAACGUGCGUGGAGUGGCGCGCAACGGGCGACAGGCUGAGCGAGCACGCUACCUCCUCACGAGCGCUGUCGACCGUCAAGUGAUGCUGCAUAAGGAGUGGAAUGGGCGAGUGGGGCGUAUGUUCGUUCACGCGUGCGAUAUGAGUGACACGGCGGCUGUCUACAACUUCAGCAAUGCCGUCGCGGCAGACCCAGCCCUGCGCAUCAUUAUCUGCAACGCCGGGCCUAUGUGCAGCCCGCCGCGGCUGUCGCAGCAGCACCUCGAGGAGCAGUUCGCCACGCAUCAUGUUGGGCACAGUUUGCUGAUACUCCGACUGCUACAGAGCCGCUUGCAGUGCUCUCGCUCGCAGUCGACGGCCGUGGCGCUGCCGCCCCCGUGGCGGAUUGUCGUGCUGACAUCUGCGGCAGCGGCGACGGCCAACCCAACGGCGGUGUCCACCUUCCACGAAUGGGGCAGCCAGGAGGAGCUGGAGCACUAUUUCAGCCGCUUCGACGGGUAUGGCAACGCGAAGAUGUCGGAACUGCUUUUUGCCUUCUCGCUGGCUCGCUUUGUUGAACGGCACCGAAUCUUGGCGGCGACCUGCACUGUGAACGUGUUGCACCCCGGACCGAUUCGCAGCCGUAUCAUACCAAACAGCCAACUCCCGCUGCAAUGGCUGCUCGACGGUGAGGCGGCAGCACUGCUGCGCAUGACGCCGGUGAUUGCCUCCAUGUACGUGGUCGACCUCGCCCUCUCGCGUCGCCACGAGCACUCCAACGGCCACUUUUUUCGAAUGGGUCAGGAUCAGACAAUUUAUUACCGCGACAUGGUGAACGACGCGCGCCAGCGUUCCGGCUUCAAGAACUCCACGUUGUUCCCUGGCAUACCGGGCCCGGCUGUGUCGUUAUCGCAUGCGAAGCAGCAGUGGAUGUGGACCGAAACGGUGGACUACUUCGCGACGAAAGAGUUGAUCGACGCCCGCCUCUUCUCCCUUUCGUGA